AUGCCUCGUCUCUACCGCCGCGCGCAGCUCGCAGUGCACAUUAAGAAGGCGAUCUGCGCGCAUCAUGUGCAGAACCCUCUCAUGCGCCAUGUUGACUUGGCGCGCUGGUGUUUUACUCGGUACGGGCUCCGUCCCGACCGCAGCACGAUCGGACGGAUUUUGAAGGCGGCGGAUCGUUGGCGCGCGCCCUCCGCGGACAGCAACCCCGUCCGUGUUCGUGGCGGAGCCCAGCCCGACCUCGAAAGCGCCAUGGUGCGCUGGAUCUCGAACGCCGGCCCCGCGGGGAUCCCGCUCACGCUGCAGACGAUCCGCGACCACGUCGCGGACAUGGCUGUGGUCCGCACUUGCAAGGAGAAGCUCCCGCAGCUUCUCCUCUACCUCUGUGUCUCCCCGCGCGACGUGUACAACUUCGACGAGACCGCCCUGUUCCUUUCGAUGUUGCCCCGGAAGACGUACGGGCGUACACGGGUGGCGGGUCGCAAAAUUCCAAAGGAGCGCCUCACGGUCGGGCUUCUCGUGAACGCGGACGGGAGCCACGCGUUCCGCCCGCUCGUGAUCUCGAAGUCGAGGCGGCCCCAUGAUUUCCGCCCCGACUUCGACCCCGAGCCACUGUGCUACUGGCGCCACAAUAAGAAGGGCUGGAUGACCGCCCUGCUUUUCACGCUCUUCAUGGAGCAACUGAACGCGGCCAUGGUGGCCGAAGAACGCCACAUCGUUAUCCUGCUUGACAACGCCUCGAGUCACGUGCUCAAGACCGAGGAUGCCGAGACCGAGGACUUGUUCGGCUUCCGCACGCGGUCGCUGAGCAACCUCCGCCUGGUGUUCCUUCCGCCGAACACCACCGCUUUCACUCAGCCGCUGGACCAGGGCCUCAUCGCCAUGACGAAGGCCCGGUACAGGCAGCAUUGGCUCGAGGCCGUCGUCGAAAGGUGGGUGGAGGGCGGCGCCACCGUGAAUUUCCUCCGCGACGUCCUGGCGUGGCUGCUGGACGCCUGGAUGAACAUCGGCCCGCGCACGAUUCAGAGGUGCUGGUGGCGGACGGAGUGCCUCCCCCUCGCGUGGGCUCUGUCUCUGUCCCACGUCGGCACCGCAGGCCUGACUCCUGGUGGGCGCGACGUUGCACCGCUCGACAUCGAUCUCGAUGAGGAGAUCGGUGAUGUCGGGAUUCUCAUAGACCGACUUGCUCUCGGGCCGAGCGCGAUGCCGGCCGCCGACUUCGUCGCAAUCGACGCGGGGCAGCCGACAUGCGCCGAGCCUGGGGAGGACCCUUUGGCCGAGGAGCCUGCGACGGCGUACUCGGCUGCCUCGUGGGAGCCGCCGGCGAGCAUGGAGGCGGUCUACCAAGAUGCGGAUCCCGCGUCCCGCGAGGCUCGUCGUUAUGCGCGCGCCGCAUCUGAGAUGCUCAUCGGGUACGCGCGCUCCACCUGCAUCACCCCCCGCGAGCUUUGCGCACUCUUCGAGAUCCGCAACCCGAUCAUCGUGGCGCGCAUGGAGAGGGCGAGCCCGCCGUUGAACCUCAACGCGACCCCGAUCGCCACCCCCAGGCUGUCCGAGACCCCGGAUGCCGUGCGCCCUCGUCCUCGUGGGCGCGUCCUCCCUGCGUGGAUGACGGCGCCAUCCCCUCGCCAGGCUCUCAUUGAUGCUGGCGCGCCUGCCGUCAUGGACGGCUUCAUGGAUGCGGCGGAGUGGGUGCGUCUGUGA